CGUAACCGCCGGCUGUCAUGUAGAGCUUUCAUGUACCAAACAAAAAUAGCACUUAACAAUAUUGGUAUUCUGGAAGCAAAAAUAAAACCGAGCUUGUGGGGAAAUGACAUCAAAGUCAAUGGUCGUUAAAGCCGCUAGCAGUUAAACUCCGACGAAGAAAAAGCUUGACAUUAAUAAUUACAGUUGGCUUUUUUGGAUUAUCUCUGUUGGCGUAACUUCCCUCUCUUCAUCUGGCACCAGUCAGCAUCAUGCUAAGGGAUGGAGCUAAAACUUGGAGCGAUGGACAGUCUGAUGCCUACAACAGUGACCCAGAGGAUGAGGAAGAGAUGAUCUUUAGUGAAAAUGAAGAGGACGUGGAAGAGAUGAUGGACCUCAGUGAUCUGCCUGCCUCUCUGUUUGCCUGCAGCGUUCAUGAAUGUGUUUUUGAAGAUACACAUCACCAGGAACGAUUUGAGGCUCUCUUCCGAAUCUAUGACGAACAUGUCACAUUCCAGCUCUUCAAAAGCUUUAGAAGGGUGCGAAUCAACUUCAGCACACCAGAAACCGCAGCCAGAGCCAGAAUAGAGCUUCAUGAAUCAGAGUUUAAUGGAAAAAAACUCAAACUUUACUUUGCACAGGUGCAGAACACCAGUGAAGACAUGGACAAAUCUUACUUGGCACCUCCUCAGCCUGUCAAACAGUUCCUCAUCUCGCCACCCGCCUCCCCACCAGUGGGCUGGAGUCAGAUUGAGGAUGCAACACCGGUCAUCAAUUAUGAUUUGCUGUGUGCUGUUGCCAAGCUGGGGCCAGGAGAGAAAUAUGAGCUUCAUGCAGGGACAGAGUCAACCCCCAGUGUCGUGGUACAUGUCUGUGAGAGCGAGACUGAAGAAGAAGAGGACGCCAAGCCACCGAAACAGAAGAUCAUUCCAACAAGACGCCCAGAAGCUCUACCAGAAUUAUUUAAUUAAAAUGGCAUUAUUUUGUUCUUUUCAUAUCUUAUUAAAGAUAUGUUGCAUGAAUAAUCAGACAAAUGCAAAUACCAGACUAGGGUGAGUAGUGGUUCUCUAAGCGCAGAAGACUAUAAAGCUGAGCUCAUGGGUACUGUUGCAUUCUUGAAGGCCAAGUCCACAUACUGUUUUCAUCCGAAGCACUUUCUCGCAUUGUUUUUUUUUUUUUUUGUUUUUUAAUUUGCUUGUUUGAUUGUAUUUUGUUAUGCAGCAUAGCUUGAAAGCUUAUUCAAGACUGAGCAGAGGGACCUUUGUGUAAAAGUUACGUCUGUUUUACAUUUCAAAAACCUAAUAGAUGUGAUUUAUAAAAAAAAAAAUUAGCUUAAGAAGUUUUGAUCGGAGUUUGUUUUACUCACAGAGGUUUAGUAUAUAUAGCUCUUUACAAAAGAAUCAAAUAUUUGUGGAACUAGGGAGCAUAAAACUGAAAAACAAAUUCAUAUAAUAAUCUAAAUCUCUAUGCCUAUUAAAUGCAGUAUAUACAUAUACACACACACACUAUAAACAUACGCAAUCCCCCUAAAAAUAUAUACACAUUUUAGAUGUUUUGUAAUUAUACCUUGAACAAAUGAAAGAAAAAACAAAAAAACGUAAUACAUCAGCUGUAAAAUGCAUGUUUAACAUGUAAAACAGGGAGAGUAUUGUGCAGUAUGUGUGGCACUUGACGGUAACAGGUGACCAAUGUGUGUUUACAUUUUUGUGUACAUUUUUACAGAGAUACAAAUGUAUUUAGACUUUUGUGUUUAUGUACUUUACCUUAAAGAAGUGUUACCAACACCAGUUAUAAAUACGUGCGCACAAACAAAUCCAGUACAUAUGACAGGCCAAAUAAUAAAAGUAUACGUACAAAUCGCAUUUCAAGAAGCAGAUGGCAAAACUAAAAUAACCCUGAAAAUAUCAAAUAUCCCAUUUUUUAGAAAACACUAGUCAUUUUGUUCCAGAUUAGUAGUCAUUUCAUAACUUGGUUUCCAUGUUUGUUGUAUAUAUAUAUAUUUUUUUUAACAUUCUACCUACCUUUUGUGUUUCAGAUAAAAUGAUAGGAAAGAUCUUAACAUAAAAGUAGGCCAGAGUAAAUAGUAUAAAGAAAAUAAAAGUAAACAUUUUAACUUUUGUAUUUUGCAUUGUUUGUGGAAUAGAAGGUGUAUAUAUGGAAAUUUUCUUUGUAAAGUAAGAAGUGUAGCCAGAAAAGGACACGGUUCUGCAUGUGUAUCUAUUAUUUACUGCCAGAAAAUAGACUAGAUUCCCUAGAGUCAAGUAGAAUAUGCUCAGAAUGUAAUGUAACGUUUAAGUUGCUUUCAGCUUUUAAACAUGCAUCAUACUGGCUGGGGACAUAACUGCAAGUAACAUUUUUAAACAGGCAAAUCUGGCAGACCAGGCUCUAGCGUUGUGGAUUUGCUCAGUGCUUUUUAUUCGUAAUUACAUGACACUUUGACUGCUGUUUUAAGUCCUGACGCCUUUCACAGUGUAAGUGAAGGAUGUUGGCUACAUUCGUAAAAGCUACCUGAAACUGCAGAUUGCCUUUUUCAGAAUGUCAGAAGUGGAGUCACUUGGUCCAAGAGGUUCAGAUGAAUGGCGCAGGUUGGACUUAGCCUGACGCUCUGCAGCUCCAUUCAGAUCGAGAACCGUUCAGAGGCAGAGCACCGAUUUAAGGAACACGUCGUCAGAUUAUCACGUUUGUAUAGCAUUUUAGUGUCUGUUGGGGAAACUGGGUGCAUUUUCUCAUACGAGUAAAAUGUUUGUUCAAUCUGUUAAAUGUCAUAUUUUUAAAUGUAUAUUUAAUGUUCUAAAUGCAUUGUAAAUGUCUUUGAAAAGCCUUAUCAGGGUGUAUCUGUUAAAAAGUGAAAUGGAAGGCCUCAUCCCAUCUAGGGCUGCUAUCACAAUAUAUUAGGCUCUGCAUUUUGGAUUAUUACUUCCCACCAGAAGUAUUUGUGCUUCACUUAAUCCCUCAGGGGAGCAGUGGGGAUAACGAUCACAACGGGGCAUCUCCCUUCUCACAUUUGUGACAAGUACAAACUUACAAUAGAGCCUCACUCAACGAAUCGCGACUCGUCUCACUGAUAUGGAAAACAAAGGUUCUCUCUAUCCUUCCCUUAUUUUCAGAUGCGCUUUAUUUAUCACGCGCAGUAUCGUGGAGGCUUGGUCCUUUGACCACUUUCAAAGUUUUCAUCUUGGAGCAUUGACAAUAUCGGACAAAUUUUUGUUUCUGCUGUAUCUUUUUGAGCAGUAUGUCAAUGUCCGUAGUCUGCUGAAUCUUGGUGGUUUCGUUUUCUUUUUUCUGUCUUUUAGUUAGGAACAGCUGGAGACGCUCAUAAAUGUCCGUCUCGUACUUAACUCAAGUACAGUAAACUGGAAUGAACCACCCACUGACUUUACCCUUUUUAUGAGAGGCAUUGUGGGUAAAAUACGUUAGCAUUAUAUACAUCUUACUACACACCAGUUAUCACACAGGCAGUAAGUGACUCAGCUUGAACUGCUCUGCCUAUUGGGGGUCUCCUAUACGUUACAGCAUUAGAACCACAGCCAAAAACUAACUGACUAAAUAAAUGAAUGCAGUUAUUUAAUCAAAGAUGUGAAACGUGUAUACUGACAGCAUGUACCCGUCUCGGAUAACUGCAAUAUUUUAUUUCAAAAUGUUUGAUUUCACUUUACAAGAACUGUAAACGUAAAUUCCUUUCCUAUUCCUUGUUUGCACUGAUGGCAUCCAUAAUGCUCGUGCUUUGCCCCUUAGCUCACGUUACACAUUUCAAAAUGUUUGCUAGUAUUGAUAUUUAGUAUUCAUUCAAAAGUAAAUGUACAAGAUAUAAUCUGAUAACAACAGUCCCAAAUUUGUGUCAUCUUCUGACAGAUGCUGACACUGCCUAUGUACUUGAAGGAAAUCACAAAAGGAUCUGCAUGCUAACACAUAAUACCCGAAACUCACGCCUCAGCGUUUCAAGGCUCUGUGAAUGCAGCUCUUUGUACUCCGUGGAUCUGCUUGCUUUCUGUUGUGGAGAUAGUGGGGCUCAUUGUAAAUGAACCACAAAAAGGAAAGUCACUGCUGCCUCCUUGCUGGAUGUAAGCCAGCGAAGUAAACCCGUUCAUAUCAGUCUGGUAAAAGCAAAAAGAAGCACUUAGGUAAGUGGAAGACAUUUGCUUAGAAAGUAAAGAAGAGGCUGCACAUUAAUGGCCGAAUCAGAAGGUGAAUAGGCUCUUGAAAAUGCACCCAGUUCUUUACUGUCUUGUCGACAAAAAAAGAACAAUAUUGUUACUGUUACACUGUUUUGUUAAAAAAAAUCUGUGUCUUGUACUGUAGUGGCAAAAAAGCAAUAAUUUAUGGUUUUCUCUGUAUUUCACGUAAUGUGUUUCAUUAUUUUUCAAUGUUGUUUUACUUGACUAUUAACUGCUUUUUUGUGUAGAAUUCUGAAUGUAAUUUGUUUCAAAUAACAAUGUGUAUAAAAGACUCUUCUUAAACUGGAA